ACAUAUGUUGUAUAAUUGCAAUUUCCCUCGAUAAUUGAUCCCGCCUCAAGCCUCAUCAUGUUAGCGUUUGUUGUUCGCGGGGUGGUCCUGCUCGGCGUGUUGAGCUGGUAUAGCGCCACCGUGUGGAGGAUGAUCGACGGUUAUUUCAAGGAUCAGUUCCGGACAUACUUGCAGGAAGAGUACCGCAAGCAUCCGCGGAUGCGGUCGGACGUGGAGAACGUCGGGGCUGUCGAUAAGGAGUCGGCACGGAGAGUCUUGCCAACCGAGGCGAGCCACGUGGAGAUCUACGGUUUCGACGCGGUUUGCCCGGCCGACACGGCAGACAUCUGUCCACGUGCGGCUGCGUCGGAGAAGGCGGCGACAGCGGCGGAGGAAGUGACAGGUGGUAGCAGUGAAAACGCGGCCGCCGCCGCUGCCGCCGGUUCCACCGAUAAAAAUGCAUUCCCGAAGAGCGCGACCCGAUCGGCGCUGGAAAGUAGGAAGCUACCGGGCGGCAGCGGCGUGCAUGACGAGGAGCGGCGGUCGGCCGCGAUCAAUCAGGACGGCGACUACGCAGAGGAGGAGGCGAUCGAGUCGUCCGAGUCGGCUCCGCGUCCCGCGAAGCCGCGACGUCUUCACAACGAGAGGAAAUCGGCCGUCUCAGCAGGGUUCUCGCGGGAAAAACGAGCCAAACGAAGAGUGAACACCGUCUUCUUGACGGACUUGGAUUUUGCCAGGGUGAGAAGGACCAGCGGUGAUGGACACAACGAUUUCUCGGAGUUCGAGGACGACGACGAAGAGAGCCGCGAGAGACCCACGGAAGGGAUCCCCGUGUCGGAGCUGCCGUUCAAGCCCAAGGCAGAUAUUGGCGGCUUGGAUAAGGUCACCGCGGAGGAGUUCUGUCCUUUGACCUUGGAGGACGAGGCCUCCUGCGGAGAAACCACCGUGUGGCCGUGAUUACACUUGAUGCGUGCGACGCUCGCGAGCGGGAUUGGAAGUGUCGAGUCGCCUGGAAAAAACUUAUGCGCUAACAGCGGGCUCCCGAGGGGAGCUUAAGGACAUACUGAGAGAGAUGAGGCGGAGGUUUACGACUAUUAUUAGAAUAAAUCUGUUCAACCAGUUCCACAGCUCGGGAACAGUGAUGAUAGAUCUUGCGUGGAGAUCUUUUAAAUAUUUCAGUAUGUUUUUACCGAAUCGCUUCAGCUGGUCCAGUUUAAGUUGAAUGGAGAGAAAUGAUGAUAUAAUUUGAUCAUGAUUUUAGUAGUUCUAUACACUGCAGUUUAUCAAAAGUUAUUAAAAAGUAUUGAAUUUUAAUUAAGUUGCUUUCCGAGAGAGGGAGAGAUUAUAUAUAAUUAAUAAAAUAUUAUACACAUAUUCAUAUUUAAAUGAUGUAUAAUAAUUAUAUAUAAUGAUAUAUAAUUAUUAUAUAUAAUGAUAUAUAAUUAUUAUAUAUAAUGAUAUAUUCGCUACCAGCGUCACAUAUAUGUUACGCAUCGAUUUCUUUCACGUUCUCUUUACUCAAAAUAUUCAAUUUUACUCGUUUACUAUCAACAUCAUAUAUGUGUAUGUAAUACAUACACUCUUCUCUUUGUGUAUCCAUAUAAACAAACCAAAUUUGUUUUGCACAAUUACAUAAAAACAAAUGUAAUGUGACCCGUGGAGAGAAUUCCUCAAAUGAACUGUGAUAGCGAAUAUAAUCUAUAUAUAUAAUCGUAUAUAUAGGGUGUCCCAUUUAUAUUGUAUGCCUAAAAUAUCAAUAUCAGGAUCAUCUCAGAUAUCAAUUCCUUUAGUCAUAAAAAUACUGGAAUGAAAUUUUCGGAAAAUAAAUAUUUUCCGAAAUAUAUUUUACAUUUUAUCUAGAUACUCUUCAGUAGAUAUAGAUAUGAAAUAUUUCGUAAUUCAUCAAAAGCCGAAAAUCAUGAUAAUCUGAUUUCGGUCCAAUAUAUCGUUGCAUAUAGUUAACAUUUUUGAAAAUACAUAUAGGGUAAACGAGGUGAAUCGGAUCACAGGGUGAAUCGGAUCAACAUAAGCUCUAAGACAUAUUACUAACUUUUAUCAUGCCAAUUACUAACUGGCAUAAUAAAACAGCUCAUUUAAAAUAAAAUAUUAACAAUAACUGUCUUAGAGCUUAUAUUGAUCCGAUUCACCCUGUGAUCCGUUCGUCUCGGUCUACUCUAUAUGUAUUUUAAAAAAUGUAUUAUGUUUCGAUUUGCCUCAGUCAACUCUAAAUUAUUUUUGUACACUUAAACUAACCAGAUUUAAAUGUUACUUAUUAUUUUUGUGUACGAGGAAUCAAUUGGUGACAUUUUCAUUGUCAAAAAUCAACCGAAAGUACAAAAAAUUCAAUUGCAACACUUGGAUUUCCGGUUUUUUGUUAACAUUUUGAUACGAUUUUUUAUCCACUGGAAAAUAGAAGUCAUAAGCUUUCAAAUGAGUCUCUAUACGUCGCAAAACUCCAACAUUUUCAUAUUUUUUUAAAACUGUUUUGAAUUUGGAACCUUUGAAAUUCUGUAACUUUGAGACAGGAAAUCGGUGCAAAAUAAAACUUAUAUAUUUGUUUUUAA